GAAGGAGCGGGCUCACCAUCAUGGCGGCCUCCAUUUCGGGUUAUACGUUCAGUUCCUUAUGUUUCCACAGCGCCAACAGCUGCUCGGACCACGAAGGAUUUCUGCUGGGAGAGGUGAGACAAGAGGAAACAUUCUCUAUCAGUGAUUCACAGAUUAGCAACACGGAACUUCUGCAAGUUAUAGAGAUCCAUAGACAUGAGCCGUGCACAAACCUUUUCAGUUUUUAUGAUUAUGCGGGAACUGUCAACGAGGAAAGUCUCGAUCGGAUUCUUAAAGACAGACGAAAAAACGUAAUUGGUUGGUAUAGAUUUCGAAGAAACACACAGCAGCAAAUGUCAUAUAGAGAGCAGAUCUUGCACAAGCAAUUGACUCGCCUUCUUGGGGCACCCGACCUCGUCUUCCUGUUGAUUACUUUUAUUUCUACUGCCAACACCUCUACCCAUGCCUUGGAGUAUGUGCUCUUUAGGCCCAACCGCAGGUAUAACCAGAGGGUUUCGCUUACCAUUCCAAACUUGGGCACAACAAGUCAACAGGAAUAUAAAGUGUCUUCCGUGCCAAACACUUCCCAAAAUUAUGCCAAAGUGAUCAAAGAACACGGUAUCAAUUUUUUUGAUAAAGAUGGAGUGAUGAAGGACAUCAGGCUAAUAUAUCAGGUGUAUAAUGCCCUUCAAGAGAAGGUUCAGGCUGUCAGUGAAGAAGUAGAGAAGAGCGAGAGGGUGGUGGAAUCCUGUCAGGCAGAAGUGGACAAACUGCGCACACAGAUUUGUCGGAGGAAGGCAGAGAAGGAGCGUGAAGAAAACCUCCGUCAUUCGUUGCAACUUCAGACAGAAGAUACCACAGACUGCGUGAUGACGCUUUCCAGCACAGAUUUUAUAGCUGCUGCCUCUAGGCCACAGGACCUUCAUCCACCUGCAUACACAGAGGAGAAUGCAGAUGCAAAAGAUGGUGUAGAUAGCCCGCCUGACAUGCCAAGGCCACAAGCCGUAGGCUCCUCUUGCCAACUACUCAUAGAAAUUAAAGAUGGAGAACCGAGUGCCUGUAAGACGUCGGCAAGUGAAGAGACAGAGACAGAGGAAUCACAAAGUGACUAUAAGAAGUCAAGGCACCUUUCAGAGUCUCCUGAUAGUGACAUGGCUGAUGAUCAACCAUGCCAACUCAGCACACAACCUGAUGGAGACUUAGCUCAGCAAUGACUGUCUCCUCUCUGCCAGAUACCACGCUAGGAGAUUCUGGCACUGUAACAUGGAAUGUAAGCAAUGUGAAGCUGCCAGCCUUUGGGAGUAAAAACAAAAAACAAAAAAACCUCCUUGCUGCUCACUUACAGCACUUUUACUCCCCAGUGGCUUCCUAUGUUCACUGACUUCUGAAUCACCAGUGCUUCUGUGGAGCUGAACAAGCAUAUGGAGCUGCUUAUUGUACGUCUAGUGUACAUUUUGAGCCAGUACUGUUGCCCUCUUGGAGGAGUUAUUUAGACUGAAGGGAUUAAUAGGCAAAUAAGGGAGGUGAGAAAUCUACAACUCAUUGUACUUUAGCCCACAGUUGUGACCCACUUCCCCUCUCUCCGUACAAGGAUCUGCACAGCCUUCCUCUGUCAUUAAUUGGGGGUCAUUAUCUUUAUUCUCUCUAACUUAAGAAUUCUGUACGAACAAUCUUCCGGGCUCAGUCGACUUUCUUACCACUGACUGUGCGUUGCACACUGGCCUUUUAUCACCACUCUUGUUCUUUUCCCUUUCUCUCAAGCUACUUGCCUCAAUGCAUCUUCAUGAACUUCUAAGGUGGAUACAUUUACUGGUACCAUAAUCCGAACAUGAAUCCUCCCUUUACCCUGCACCUCCUUCUCUACUUACAUAGGUUUUUUUUCCUUUUAAUUACAUGCAUCUUAAGCUUAGACUCUGAACUGCCCUCAGAUGCCCCACUAUUAAAAUGCCUUAUUGCUUUACAGUUACAGAGGGAAGGAAUCUUAGAAACCCAUGCCUGAAACAAAAAGCACAGCUACAAUCCAUUGAACAGCUAUGACUUCUUAUCAGUGUCAAAUGAUGAUUAAAAACCAAAGUAACUGGACAUUGCGUGGCACAUACAUGUAGAUGACGUUAGAGGUUCAGGCUCUUGUAUGAUGGCAUUACUCUUUUAAAAGCGUGCUCUUAUUUAACUACAAAAACAGAAACAUUGAAAAAUUUGCUAUAUGUUUUGAUGUAUAUCUAGGUUCAUUUUGCUGUCUAAUGCAGGGCCAUUCGGCCCCCAGAUAUCGUUCAACUACAAAUUUCAACUUUAGGUGUUUGGGGAUGUAGGGAAUUGGAAGUUAGUAGCAGCUGUAGGGGAAAACCCUUGGUUUGCAGGUGGAAAAUGCAACCCAGCUCUGACUCGCCCCCUAUAUGACAAUCUUUGCUUCCCCACACAUUUUAACAGUCAGUUUUAACUUUAUACACUCUAGUGUUUUCCACGAUGUGACGGCAAGGAGUGAGAAUUUUUUUUUUUUUAUGUUUAUCUGCACUUUUUAAUUUAAUGUACUAAAUAUGCUCAUUCCCCACAUGUAAAUCUAAGAAUUAGAUGUCAGAUGCCCGUUACCUGCGAAAAUGUACAUUAUUAGCACAGGGGCAUGGAGCGAGGCUCAACUCUAGAGAGGUAAAAAGGCGACGGCAGGGCUAUUUCUUUAUAACUUUGUUGGCUGGCCAAUCAACUCCAGGCAUGGAAAGCUGGGUUUUAAUGUCUGUAAAACCAAUGCCAGAAAGAGCAUAAAGGAAAACUUGCCUCAUUCUUCUGAGAGGGUGCAAAAAAAAUAAUAAAAUAAUGUAGCCUUAAGACUGGUAUAUAUGUUGGAAUCAGACAAUAAAUGUGCUUUAGUUUAUCGGACUCAGUCCCAGGCUCUGUGUGACUUGAAUCAUGUACUUUGUGUAUUAAAGGGAAAAUAUACCAC